AUGAAAUUUCCGAUAGACAAUCCAAGGAAACAAGUAAACUGGGAUCCCGAACAAGUGGCGGUCCAGACAAACAUGGUGCCUCCGAAGAAGGAGGAUCCUGACGUGGUUCAGUCCUCUUUGGUCCAUGCCAGCGUCUCGGCUAUGCAGAACCCCAUGGGCUGCGAUGUCAAGUUCAGCGGGCAUUGCCCACUGCCCAGACUCUCCAUCUCCUCGCGCUCGGCCAGCGUCGUGGCCAGCCUGGACGCCAGUGUGGACGGCUCGGCCCUGCACUCCGUGAUGAAGUGGAAGACCGUUGUCGGUGUGUUCGUGGUGGUGAUGUUCUACCUCAUCGGUGGAGGGCUGGUGUUCCAGGCUCUCGAGAGGCCCUUUGAGACCGACCAGAAGGACAGCAUCACGCUGAAGAAAGCCAUGUUCCUGCGGAACCAUUCGUGUGUCUCACCUGACGAAUUGGAGGAUCUGAUCAAGCAUGCCAUAGAGGCGGUCAGUGCCGGUGUGAGUCCGAUCGGAAGCACGUCCCACGACUCCAGCCACUGGGACCUGGGGAGUUCCUUUUUCUUCGCGGGGACGGUGAUCUCAACAAUAGGUUAUGGAAACAUCGCUCCCAGCACAGAAGGUGGCAAGAUCUUCUGCAUCUGUUAUGCCAUAAUUGGCAUUCCGUUGUUUGGGUUUCUCCUUGCUGGAAUUGGUGACCAACUCGGAACAAUCUUUGUGAAAUGCAUCUUGAAGGUGGAGAGAAUGUUUCGGCAGAGACACAGACAGAUCAGCCAGACCAAGAUCCGAGUGACCUCCACCAUACUCUUCAUCCUGGCGGGGUGCCUAGUCUUCGUCGCUCUCCCGGCACUUAUCUUCAAAAACUAUGAGCGAUGGACUGCGCUGGAGGCCAUUUACUUUGUAGUCAUCACCCUCACCACAGUUGGCAUAGGGGAUUAUGUUGCAGGUGGCGACCGUGAGACCGACUACAAGCAGUGGUACAAGCCGCUGGUGUGGUUUUGGAUCUUGGUGGGGCUGGCCUACUUCGCAGCUGUCCUCAGCAUGAUUGGAGACUGGCUCCGAGUCCUUUCCAAGAAGACGAAGGAAGAGGUCGGGGAGUUCAAGGCCCACGCUGCCGAGUGGAAGGCCAACGUGCGGGCGGAGUUCCGCGAGACGCGGCGGCGCCUGAGCGUGGAGAUCCACGACAAGCUGCAGCGCGCCGCCACCAUCCGCAGCAUGGAGCGCCGGCGCCUGGGCCUGGACCAGCGUGCCCACUCGCUGGACAUGCUCUCGCCCGAGAAGCGCGCCGUCUUCGCCAGCCUGGACGCGGGCCGCUUCAAGACGGGCUCGCAGGAGAGCAUCGAGUCCAAGCUCAACAACCUGCGCGGGCUGCAGUCGGCGGCGGGCGCGUACGACACGGUCGUGGCCUCGGGGGGCUGUGGCGACGGCGGAGGCCCCCCGCAGGCCGCGUCCGACGACAGCCUCUUCAACCGCUUCGGCUCGCUCACCAAGCUGGCCAAGCGCAGCCGGAACCGGGAGAUGCAGCGGAACAUUCCGGAGGAGGUGCGGCGUGCCUGCGAGGCCCUCCACGGCAGCCGCACCACGCUGAGGGAGAACGAGAUGGAAAUGGAGGAGGAGAGGGUGGAGAGAGACGGCAACACAAGCCUCAGUGACCUUCCCCAGUAUACCGACAAGCCCAAUGUGCCAAACGGCUUUGUGCCAUCUCAGGCCAAAGAGAGGGAGCUGGACAAAAUGCUGGAGGGACAAGAGCAUCAGCCAUAG